GAGCAAAGAAAGGUUGUAGUGUGGUGUCGGAAGAGUGGCGGGGCUGCGAGCGGUGGCGUCGCGCGGUGGGGGGUUUGCAUCCCAGCAGGCACCGCUCUCGCUCCCCGAGCCGCGGCUUGAGCGCUGUGUGAGCGUGCGGCGGCUUUUCGAGCGGUUGGGGGCCCGCCGGUUUUCUUGCUGCGCCGACGCGUGCAGUGCGUGUGUUGACUGCCCUGGACGUGCGCUCUUCCCUUUUGCAACUGCUCGGUGUAUCUAUCUGUUCAUUCGUGUCGAAAGUACGUUCUCGUAGUCAUUCCCUCAUUUUAUUUAUCGCCGUUCUCGCGUUCGAUCCCAUCGACGGUCGUCUGCAUCGCGCCUGCCACCCACGCCAAAGCAUCGUGGAUUCUCAGAUUUGAUUUCUGAGACAACGUCAGCUGCGAGCGUGCGCAAACGCUUUCCAAGCCUGUAACGCCUACUUCAAGCGCCAUCGUGUUCAGUGCUUCAUAAAGAAACCUGCAAAGGCCACGCCGGUGUCGUCUGGAGUGUUUUAAGUGCUGGUUCGUCUGCUACGGAAGUCGGAAGAACCAGAAGCAGAAGUGUUCACUCUGAGCGCCUGAAAAAAAAAAAAUAUAUAUAUCGUCUGCUAGAUGAUACAGGGAUCUGAGGAACGUAUCAAUGUGAUUUGAAACGACCCACGAGUGCUGCACGUGUAAUUUAUUCGUCCAUCGUUCGGCUAUCGCGUGUGCGGCGCCGGAGGUCUUGCUGCAAUGUGGCGUUUCGCAGCGAGCGCCUAAAGGGACUCGGAGAACCCACGUCGCACUCCAAGUCGCCGGCAGCAGACGAACCGCGGCUUGUUGCAGACGGCGGUGUGCGAGUUUUUUUUCGUCGUCUGCAAAUAACCCUCCCUGCGCCACCGCUAACGACACGGUACCGUCUGCUGCUACUCCUGUUGCACGGUCUUCAAGACAUACUCCCGAAUAGUGUCGACUCAGUGCAGAUCAAAAAGCCUUUGGCGUUUGGCCGUCCAGCCAUAAGGCCUUUUCGUCGUGGUAGUGCACGUUUGAUUUCUUCGUUUUCGUUUCGAUACAAUUUUGGUGCGCGUGGCAGUGGUGCGGUGAUCUUGGAUAGAAACACGCUAGUUCGGCGUCUCUAGCAACCUUUCUUCAAAGGACUACACGAAGGGGAGAUAGAGAUCGCCGGGAGCGUGGACCCUCUUCACAACGUGAAACUGGGGGUUGGUGCACGUAGGAUGGCGUGGAGGUCAACCUGGAGAUGAGCUGUGCGCACGGGGUAGAAUGCCCCUGAGAGGCAGACCGGGCCUGGGAAGCCUUUCCAAGCCUAGCACUUGCACUUAGAGAAUCGAGCCUUCGGCAACUGCGCCACCAUAUAAGUGCGCAACCGUCGUGCAGUGAGCAAGAAAAAGAAGAUGGCGACUCCCAUGUUCCGAUCGCUAAAAACGAUGCUGACGUCCCUAGCACUGCUCCUGGCUUCGGGAGCCAUGGGCGCCGCCGCCGCCUAUACCAGCGAAGUGAGCGACGGCACUGACGUCAGCACAAACGAGACCCGAAGCGGCGAGCAGUGCAAGGACGGUCUCAUCCUUCCCGUAUGGAUGCCUCAGGAAAACAUAAGCACGGGUGACGUUGUCGCUCGCGGCCUAGUCUACUUCCUUGCGCUGGCAUACAUGUUCAUCGGAAUAUCAAUCAUCGCCGACCGGUUCAUGGCUGCCAUCGAGGUCAUCACCUCCAAAGAGAAAGAGGUGACCAUCAAGAAACCCAACGGCGAGACCCAGACCAUCAGCGUGCGCGUAUGGAACGAAACCGUGUCCAACCUGACCCUGAUGGCCCUGGGCUCGUCGGCACCCGAGAUCCUUUUGUCCGUGAUCGAGAUCUACGCCCAGAACUUCGAGGCCGGCGACCUGGGUCCCGGCACGAUCGUGGGCAGCGCUGCGUUCAACAUGUUCGUCAUUAUCGCCAUUUGCGUCUACUCCAUCCCUCCGAACGAGGUGCGACGCAUCAAGCACUUGCGCGUCUUCUUCGUCACGAUGACGUGGAGCGUGUUCGCCUACAUCUGGCUCUACAUCAUCCUCACCUACUCCUCCUGGGGCGUGAUCGAGGUGUGGGAGGGCGCCAUCACUUUCAUGUUCUUUCCGGCCACCGUGCUGACGGCGUACAUCGCCGACCGGAGGCUGCUGAUAUACAAGUACCUCUCCAAGAAGUACAGGGUCACCAAGAGGGGUGUCAUCGUGGGCAGCGAGGGCGAGGACGUCGAGAUGGCGCCCAACAAGGAGAGGCUCGCCGACGGCAUCCUGGGAGGCGGCCCGCUGCGCCUGUUCGGCGAGGAACAGAGCUCGGAGGCCAAAGAAUUUGAAGAGCACCGCAAGGAGUACACUCAGAUCCUGCGAGAGCUGAGGCAUAGGAAUCCGGAUGCCUCGAUGGACGAGCUGGAGAGCAUGGCCCGAGACGAAAUCAUUGCCCGUUGUCCAAAAAGUAGAGCUUACUACAGGAUCCAGGCGACCCGCAAGCUCAUGGGUGCAGGUAACCUGAUCCGGCGCAAGGCGGAUCUUCGCGAAGUCGGGGUCAAGGACGAGGGCAAGGAGGAGAAAGUGGAAGAGGAGUGCGUGCGGCUGUUCUUCGACCCGGGUCACUACACGGUCUUCGAGAACGUCGGCGAGUUUGCCGUCACGGUGGCGCGCGAUGGCGGCGAUCCGCAGAGCACCGUGUGCGUCGACUACAACACCGAGGACGGCACCGCCAACGCCGAAACCGACUACGUGCCCGUCGAAGGCACCCUCGUCUUCCGCCCCGGAGAGAACCAGAAGCAGAUCAUCAUCAAGGUGAUCGACGACGACGUGUUCGAGGAGGACGAGCACUUCUACGUGCGACUCUCGAAUCCUCGGUACCUGGGCAGCGGCGGCAGUGGCGCCACCACCACCAUGAACGGAUCUCCGGGACAGCCGCAGCCUCCGGGACUCACGACGGGAGCGGGCAGGCCUCCCGUGAAGCUGGACGCGCCCUCUGUCUGCACCGUCAUGAUCCUGGACGACGACCACAGCGGCGUCUUCAGCCUGCCCGAGAGCCAGGUGGAGAUAAGCGAGGCCGUGGGCGAGUACCGCGUCAAGGUGAACCGGUUCAGCGGAGCCCGCGGCCGCGUUUUUCUGCCGUACAAGGCGAUCGAGGGCACGGCCAAGGUCAACAAGGACUUCGAGCCAUGUGAAGGAACGCUCGUAUUCGAGAACAACGAAACCAGCAAAGAAUUCUCACUGUUUGUGAUCGACAACGAAUCAUACGAGAAGGACGCCGUCCUGUACAUCGAACUCGGAGAGCCUAAACUGGAGGAAGACGACCCUUACUACAUCCAAGAAAAGCUGGCCUAUGAGAAAUCAGAUCUCCUACGCGAGCACGCCGUGGAAGAAGUUCCCGAGGUCGAGCUCACCGAGGCGCAGAAGAUUGCGCUCAUGGGUCGACCGCGGCUAGGCGACCAGUGCCGCUGCACCGUCCGCAUCAAGGAGAGCAAAGAGUUCAAGAACACUGUGGACAAGCUCUUCCAGAAGGCCAACGUUUCGCUGAUGAUCGGAACAUCCUCUUGGAAAGAGCAGUUCAUCGAAGCCCUCACUGUGGUCGCGGACGACGAGCGGAACAAGUUUCAUUCGCCCGAAGCGUUCGAAAUGGAGAGCGCCAGCUUGAAAUUUACCAAAGACGACGACGAGGAGGGUGGCGAAGAUGGCGACGAAGUGACGGUGCGCAUGCCUUCCUGCUCGGACUACGUGAUGCACGUGUUCACCGUCUUCUGGAAAGUCAUCUUCGCGUUCGUCCCCCCGACAGAUUACUGGGGUGGAUGGGCCUGCUUUGUGACCAGCAUUCUCCUCAUCGGCGUCCUGACCGCAUUUGUGGGCGACCUUGCGUCGCACUUUGGUUGCACCAUUGGACUCAAGGACUCAGUAACUGCCAUCUCGCUGGUGGCCCUGGGAACAAGCAUACCUGGUAUGACACCUUUCGCCAGCAAGGUGGCGGCUCAAAACGACAAGUACGCUGACUCAUCCAUCGGCAACGUGACCGGCAGCAACGCGGUCAACGUCUUCCUGGGCAUCGGCGUCGCAUGGUCGCUGGCGGCGCUCGUGCACUGGGGACGGGGCACUACAUUCGAGGUGCUUCCGGGCAACCUGGCCUUCUCAGUCACCAUCUUCUGCGUCUGCGCCCUCUUGUGCUGCGUGGUUUUGCUUAUGCGCCGCAACAAGAUCGUAGGCGGAGAACUAGGGGGACCGAUGCGCUUCAAGUUGCCCACCACCAUCCUCUUCGGCGGCCUCUGGGUCUUCUACGUGACCAUGUCUGCCCUCGAGGCGUACGGAGUCGUUCAAGGAUUCUGAGCUAGACAGACCCAUGGGCCGGCGGCGACCACGUUUUGUCCUUCGACUUUUAUCAGCGCGGGACGUUUUUAUCCCAGAGGCAACAUCGAAGAACAAGAUUGCUCUUGGAAGAAAGGAAGAAAAAAGAGUGAUACAAGAGCAAGAUGCACUUUCGUACCGUUUUUGAUAGGGUCUGUUAAAUUCGUUCGCUCCUGAGCUGCCAACGUUGAACAGCGUUUCGAAGUGUUCCUAGGGUUGGAAGACUUGACGCGCUUCCAGUAUUGCGUUUCUUCAACAGGCUUAGGGUGCUAGGGACCUGGACCUACAUUUAAAAGUGCAUGAGCGUUGUCCUAAUCGAAGACAACGUGUCAGCGUUGGAUCCUUGAUACUUCUUCAAAGUACGUGUCCUUCGUAUGUCCCUAUACUCCCACAGGGCACUUUUUAUGUGGUGCACACCGUGGAGACAUCGAAAAUUCACAUGACAUCCCUGGAGGUAAACAAUGAAAUCGUCGAACUGACGGAAGAACAUUAGAAUACCACUACAGAAAAAGUAUCGUGUUUCGUCUCCAAUUGCCCGACGCUUCGAGACAUUCUUUGUGCCAGACCCAGCAUGGCUGUUAGGGCUAUGCGAGCUGCUAAAUAUCACCUGCCACCGAUGAAGCUGUCGAGCUGAUGAAGUUCGAGCACAAUAUGACGUGCCAUCUCUGGCGACAUGCCACAGUGGUCCCUAAAAGUUAAUACCUGCGUUCUCACAUGCAUGCUAGUGGUGCGACUGCACUUCGACAAAGUGCUGUGACGGAACAUAAGACGUACCUUGAGCCACCACUAUGAACCAUGUCCACUUCUGACUAUAACAAUCAUGAGUAAGAGCCUUGGCUUAACGGCAUUUCACUAUCGAUGCGUUCCCCUGAAAUGACUUCGAAAUGCUUACAGCCAAUGGCUCUCAGAAUGGAGCGGAAGACUGUUGUGACUCGGUAUGUUCACAUCACGGUCUCACUGCCAGAAGAGGUGGUUAUCGCCUCUUCAGAGACUUUGCGAGGACGAAUGAUCGAGUAUUGGCGAUAGAUGUACAGCAAACCGUUGAGAAAAGGCGGCACUUCAGGAGUCUGCUCAGCUGCGACAGGUCGUGUUACUACACUCAACGUGGCGCCAGGGGCAUAGUGCGAGAACCUUGCGUUUCAAACCGUUCAAGGUGAUGCGACCGGGAGUCGUGCGUGGCCAGAGCGGGAUGUCAUGUGGCAUGUUGUGCUACAGUCAGCACUGUAAGUGCACUUCUGAAGUCGUAUAUCUAUGAGAAUGGACUUUCAACGUAGGCAGCGGACUGCCACUCAGCAGAUCUGGACGGGCUUGUGUACACUGUUGAAUCAAUUCUAGAACGGGAGGCGUAUGAGUGUUGUGAUUGGCACUUGCUAUUCAGACAGAGUCGUUGGUUCGCUUCUGGUCGUGGUACAGAAAUAAUGGGAGAACCCCGAUCAUUUUGCUCGGUGUUCCACUGGGCUGAUCAACGACGUACUGUGUUUCCAGAAGCUCGUAGCCGAGGCGAUUCGUCGUGGAUGAGCUAUUCUUUCUC